UGAAGGUCGAAAAAUUAUAAAAUAAUAUUGAAAAACUAUAUUAUUUUCCCAAUAUUCGCCGUAAAAAGUGUUAUUUUAAGACUGUUUUGACAAUUAUUGGUUUAGUUUGUGUUAUAAGACCCAAGUUUAGAGUAUGGUGCUCCUAGUACAUAAACAUGAAUCCAAAGUUACCGCAUUUCAGUCUGCACUUGCCGGCGGAGGAGCCGGCGCUUUCACAAGAGCAGUGGCACAGCCCCUGGACGUGCUGAAAAUUCGAUUCCAACUUCAACUGGAGCCAAUAAAACAAGGUUCUAAGUACAGCUCCGUAUUUCAAGCCUUAUCAUCAAUUGUGAGGGAAGAAGGACUAUCUACGCUAUGGAGUGGUCAUAUACCGGCGCAGUUACUAUCUAUAACUUAUGGAAUAUUGCAAUUUACGACGUUCGAAGAGCUUACAACUGUGUGCAAACAUGCAAACCCUCAAUUUUUCGAUACCCAUAGACACGCAAUUAUUUUUUCUAACGGCGCUGUGGCGGCGACCGUGGCAACAGUGCUCUCCUUUCCGUUCGACACAGUGAGAACGCGGUUAAUCGCUGAACAGAAGACUCAAAGAGCCUACAAAGGAUUCACUCAUGCAUUUCACACUAUGGUCAGGACAGAAGGGUCUGCAGCUUUAUUUAAAGGUUUAAUACCCACUUUGGGGCAGAUCGCGCCCCACGCCGGUAUCCAGUUCGCUAUUUACAAGCUUUUCACAGACAAUAUAUUGACAAAACUAAAAUUCUUUCAAAGAGAUACUCUCGCUGGGACAGUAAAGUCAUCUUUACUAGCAAAUCUGCUAUCGGGAUCAAUUGCAGGUUUUGUAUCGAAGACUGCAAUUUAUCCUUGUGAUUUAGUGAAGAAACGAUUACAGAUUCAAGGCUUCCAACAGUACAGGACGAGUUUUGGUAAACAAAUGUACUGUAAUGGUAUAUUAGACUGUAUUAAGUUAACAAUAGUUGAGGAGGGGUUCCUAUCCCUGUACAAAGGUUAUUGGCCCAGUAUGCUUAAAGCUGUGCUGGUUUCAGCGCUACAUUUUGCUGUAUAUGAUGAAAUAAAACAUCUACUGAUGAGGACACAGACUUGAAAAGUGAUCUAUAGAAUGGUGACAGUGGCAUAGAAUAAAUCGCCAUUCUUAAACAUUGGUUUGUAUUUACGUUUUUGUAUGGUAGUAGUCCAAAUGUUAGUGUAUUGAAUUGUGUUCUUCAUCACAUACCUAUGUUUAUUAUUUAUUAAUAUCACUCAAUUAUUAUUAAUACUCACAUCACAUAAUAUAGUUAAUUAAGGAAAUAAGAGAAAAGUUGAAUUGAUCUUUGUAUGAACCUUGUAAUAUUAUUUUA